AUGGAGUUAAGUGCGACAAAGAAUGCGCUAAACGUAGUGAAGAACGAUCUCAUUCGCAAAUUGGACGAUGUUACCGGAGAAAAACUUAUGCUGAUCAAGGAAUUGGAAUCAGUACGACACAAUCGGGAUCAAACUCGAAAUGAGGCGAAUCGCCUAGUCCGCCAAGUGCACGAUUGUCAGAACAAGAUGGCUCAUUUGCUAGCCCGUUUGAAAUUGUACGAGGAUGUGGACGAGACCGCACUGAACAAACUCGAUCCUGUCGCCGCAUCCAAACUGACGCAUGCCACAUCCUGUUUGUUGCUCAAUGCAGACGCCUCAUCAUUAAUCCUACCCAGCGCCCAGGGCUCAAAUCUGAAAGCAUCUCGCAAGUUUGGUGGGUCGCUGAAUUGUAUAUCCUCUGGUGUGUCAGGGAAACGAAUUGCUGCCACACCAAAUCCUGUCCUCGUCACCGAAGCCACUUCAGGAGUCGCUAAUCCGGGAACUACUGAUUCAUUGGACGAGGCCAUGAAAACUGCAAAAUUGGGCGAGCCUUGUUUCACCAAACGAGAAAUGGCUCGUGUCAUAGCUGAGCGUAAUCAUUAUAAAGAAAGUCUAAUGGAACUACAAGAGGCGCUAAGACAUAUGGAGACUUUGCGAGCCGAACGUCUUGACCGUGACAGUCGUUCCGGUUCAAGAAUCCGUUCCCAGUCCACCUCACCGACCAACACGCGUGCCGGUUCCGACAGGCGCACGAGUUUAGCUCGCCAAAUCCUGUCCGCUAUCCAAUCUGCAGCGGACGGCUUCGCUACCGGUGUUUCGGAUUUUUUCUCCGAAAUCGAACCUUUGUUCGUCCCCUCGCUCCCCACAGAGGCUCAGCAACAUCACAUCUACGUUUCGCGUUCCCAUUCGGGAGAACCCAAUAAUGUGCAAUCUUCUGAACUGCGGCGCAUGUAA